CAGGAGCGAUCGAGCCCGGCUCUUUGGAGAUGCGGAAUUUCAGAGGAAUCGGGGAGUUUCGGCCGUUCGAGAAACACAGAGAGGCAGCAGGAGCAGGGAGCUGACGGCGGGUUGUCCCUGCGCCGUCCGCUCGCUGCCUUGAAGUUGCUCAGUGCCGCCGCCAACAGCUUCAUUGCUGACCCAGUUCAGACUGAUCCAGAAAGAGAUUCAGCGCAGAGUUCUCAACAUGAGCGACAGUGCAGCCGCCGAAACGGCUCCUCCAGCCUCCGCUCCCACCAAAGCCAAGGCUCCCAAGAAGAAGGCAGCGGCUCCCAGGAAAAAAACACCCGGUCCCGGAUUAGGAGAGAUGAUACUGAAGGUUGUCGGGGAUAUCAAGGAUCGCAAAGGGGCGUCUCUGUCCGCUGUAAAGAAGGCGCUGGAUAGAAGCGGAAUCGAUGUGGGAAAGCGAAAGGCACAGAUCAAGAUGAGUAUCAGGAGGUGCCUGACGAACGGCUCCCUUGUUCUGGUCAAGGGCCAUGGCGUCUCCGGCUCCUUCAAACUCCCAAAGAAUCCAGUCAAGGCAAAAGCGGGAAAGAAGGCGGGAACAUCAGCGGCCGCCAAGAAAUCGGCCGUGAAGAAAUCACCGGCCAAAAAGGCGACAGCGAAUAAAUUCCAGGCCAAGAAAGCGACAGCCAAGAAAUCCCCAGCCAAGAAAGCGACAGCCAAGAAAUCCCAGGCUAAGAAAGCGACCGUCAAGAAAUCCCCAGCCAAGAAAGCGAGCGGCAAGAAGACGGCACCGCCAAAGAAAGCGGUGAGCAAAGCAGCGCCAAAGAAACGCACUCCCGUGAAGAAUGUGAAAAAGAUCAAGGGUCCUAAACCCCUCAGCAAACCGGCUAAAAGCAAGGCCAAGCCCAAAGCGAAAGUGACCAAGACAGCAGCAAAGAAAUGAACCAGUCAGUGUAAUAUACACCCAUCUGAACCCAAAGGCUCUUAUCAGAGCCACCCACUUGUCUCAGGGAAGAGCUGAGCCCGGAUCCAAUGUACACGAGAACCCGGACUACAAAUCUUCUCACAAACUUUGUCUUCGGGCUAAUUACAAUCGAGGUAAUUUUAAAAAUAACAGA